GUUCAUUGUGAUUAAACUAUAUAUAUAUUAAAGAAAGAACAGUAAAAAUAUUCUCAAUAUCUAUGUAUUCUGGUGAUAGAGAAAAACUCAUGGGAAUAUGAAUUAUAUAAGAAGCUGAAAGGAUUGAAAUCUUUUUCUUGAGAGAUGCCAAAAAUGACAGGAAAAUCAUCAUACGACUGUGAUAUCUGUAAAAAGUCCUUCUCUCAAAAAUGUAACCUCAACACGCACAAAUGCAUUCAUACAGGAGAGAAGCCAUUUCACUGUGAUAUCUGUGGUAAAUCAUUCUCUCAGACAGGUGGUUUAACUGCUCACAAACGUAGUCAUACAGGUGAUAAACCUUAUCGUUGUGAUAUCUGUGGAAUAUUAUUCUCUCAAAAAGAUAACCUAGCAAAACAUAAACGUAUUCAUACAGGAGAGAAACCAUAUCACUGUGAUACUUGUGGCAAGUCCUUCUCUCAGACAGGUACUCUAACAAGACACAAACGCAUUCAUACAGGAGAUAAACCAUAUCACUGUGAUAUCUGUGGUAAAUCAUUUUCUCAUACUGGUAAUUUAACUAUACACAAAUAUAUUCAUACAGGAGACAAACCAUAUCGCUGCGAUAUCUGUGGUAAAUCAUUCUCUCAUACAAGUAGGUUAACUACACACAAGUACAUGCAUACAGGUGAGAAGCCAUAUCACUGCGAUAUCUGUGGUAAAGCAUUCUCUCAAAACAGUCACUUAUCUGCUCACAAACUAAUUCAUACAGGGGAGAAACCAUAUUGCUGUGAUGUCUGUGGCAAAGCAUUCUCAGAAGGAAAUAAAUUAACUAAACACAUACGUAGUCACACAGGAGACAAACCCUAUCCCUGUGAUAUCUGUGGUAAAUCAUUCUCUCAGACAGGUAGCUUAACUAUACACAAGUACACGCAUACAGGAGAGAAACCACAUCAGUGUGAUAUCUGUGGUAAAUCAUUCUCUCAAACCAGUCACUUAUCUGCUCACAAGUAUAUCCAUACAGGGGAGAAACCAUAUCCCUGUGAUAUCUGUGGCAAAGCAUUCUCAGAAGGAAGUAAAUUAACUCAACACAAACGCAUUCAUACAGGCGAGAAACCAUAUCAGUCGUAUCACUGUGGUGUCUGUGGUAAAUCGUUCUCUAAAAGUAAUUCUUUGAGAAGACAUGUUCGUAUUCAUACAGGAGAUAAGCCGUAUCACUGUGACAUCUGUGGAGAAUCGUUUUCUCAAAAAGGCCACUUGACUCGACACAUGUAUGUUCAUACCGGAGAGAAGCCAUAUUCUUGUGAUGUGUGUGGUAUAUCGUUUUCUCAUACAAGUAGCUUAACUAGGCACAAGUACACACAUACAGGAGAAAAACCAUAUCACUGUGAUAUCUGUGGUAAAUCGUUUUCAGAGGGAAGUAAGUUAACAAUACAUAAACGUAUACAUACAGGAGAGAAACCCUAUCUCUGUGAUAUCUGUGGUAAAUCAUUCUCUCAAAACGAUUUAUCAAGACACAAACGCAUUCAUACAGGAGAGAAACCUCAUCGCUGUGAUAUCUGUGGUAAAUCAUUCUCUGACAGCAGUGCUUUACCAAGGCACAAACGUACUCAUACCUGAGAGGAAGCAUAUCUCUGUGAUAUCUUAUCAAGUCACAAACACAUUCAUACAGCAAGGAACCAUAUCCUGGCAAUAUUUGUGAUAUGUCAUUCUCUUAUAUAGAAGAUAUACGUAGGAAGUAUAGCUGACUUUAAGAUUAGAUACUGGGGGCACACAAAUUCAUUUAUUAAUCCAGAUACAAAAAAUUCAAUUGCACCAACCACCCACAUUAAUAAGUUAAAAAUGUGUAAUAAAGAAUUCAAUCUGGAUUGGUCUAUUAUAACAGAAACCAUACCAUAUAAUACACACACUAGAAGAUGUAAAUUAUGCACAAAAAAAAUCUAUCAAUGUACUCUGUGCUGACAAAAAAACUUUACUUAAUAAGAUCUCGGAUGUCAUUAUCCUUUUAAAUUUUUUUCCAAAAAUGUUUUAUAUGAUUUUAACCUAGUUGCCCUUUGUGCAUUUGGAUUUAUCUUAAAACACUUAUCAAUAACUUCAUAAUCUAUUUAAACAUUUAAUUUUAGCACGUUUUAUAUUAUAUAUCAUUUGCCUGAACCAUAUAUCCCAACACAGCAUUCGAAUGUUGCUUAAAACAUUAAGACUUGAAUAACUCUUUUAUAAAUCCUCUUAGAUUAACUCUGAUUAUAGAUGUUUGUUAUGGCUGGAAUUAACUUGCCCAUACCAACUUAUAUUUUCUUGAAACAGCCAUAAGACUUUAUACCUGCUGAAGUUUCUUCAUAAAAUCAUUUUACACCACCAUUUCAUCUCUUUGGAUUAUCACUCCUCAUUCACCAUUUGCAUAUUUUAAUAUCCCCAUUGAUUUUAAUACAGACAUACAACCCUGCAAGUACAUUUUUAUGUAUUUAUAUAUUUUUAUAUUAUAUCUUGUGCAUGUGAGUACACCUAUGUACUCAUAUGUCAAAAGUUGUGUCCCUUCGGCUCAUUUGAAUCACCAUAAUCGCUGUAAAUUAAUUCAGGAGUGAGGUCUAAGUUUAAUCUGCAUGGUUAAGCUGACAGGGUUGUGUCCUCCAGUUAAACAAAUCAUCACCAUCAUCAUUUAAGGUCUGUGUUCCAUGCUGGCAUGGGUUGGACAAUUAGAUAGGAGCUGGCAAUGUUACACAGCCAAACUGGCGCAUAAUUGGAAAAUACCUUGAAAGUAAAGUGGCCCUGAAAUGUGAAUAUGAACGGAAUAAAACAAAUUUUGCAUAAAUUGGA